AUGGAAAACCCUUCAGAAAUGGGUAACAGAAAACGUGCUCGAGAAUUGGGUGCUACUACAAAACCCGAAGAAGUUCUUCAAGUUGAACGUGAACGAAGGAAGAAAAUGUCUCAAAUGUUCACUCACCUUGCUACCACUGUCCCUGCUCUUCAUCCUACAGCUACUAAGGAAAUGAUUAUAAACGAAACAAUUGCGUACAUUAAGGAACUCGAGAGCAAGAAGAAAAUGUUAGAGGAGAUUAAGGAAUCCAACGAGUUUCCGGUGGUUGAAGGGAGUUUCAAUUUGUUGGUUCCGUGUCGGAACAGAAAUUGCUCUGUUUCUGUUACGGUUUCUUCUAACAAUGUAGCUUUCUUUGGGAUUGAAUCUGUGGCGAAACGUGGUUUGGUUACUGUGAUUUUUGAGGUGUUUUUUAAGAACCAAAUGGAGAUUUUAGGGGCGAAUGUUUCUGUUAAUGAUGGAAAUUUGAGAUUGGCGAUUACUGCCUUGGUUCAAAACAAUGGGCGGAUUGAGAAGAUUAAGACAGAGAUUAUGGGUUUGUAG